UAUUGAUAAGAGGCGGAAAAGGAAAUCGAACCCUCGUUUCGUUCCGCUCCGCUGCUCCGAGCCGUUCGAGCGGCGAUUUCGACCAAUGGCUGGCGGAGGAAGCUUGAAGGAGGGCGGCUCGCCGGUGUUCGACAUCACCCCCCACAAGAUCGCCGUCUGCCACCUCGUCCAAGUCUUCGCUCUACACACGCAGCCGGACAUGCCCUUCGCUUUCCAGUCCAUCUCCCAACACCACCGCCUUGGCCUCUUCCUCUUUUCCCUUACCAGGUCCUGUGAGAGUUUCUUGGAUCCUUCAUUGGAAGAACUUCUAAAUCAGUUGAAGGCACUUGGUGGUUUGGCUAUGUUAAGUGAGCAUUUGAUAAGCAACCUGUUGGUCCUAUCUUCACCAGAUGAUUUGUUCAAUUUUUUUGAUAAACUGCGAGGAGUACUUGCAGCCCCUGAAGGCUCAUCUAUGGAAGAGGAGCAGACCUUGUUGGAUCCAAAUAGUCAUUUGGGAAUCUUUAUCCGGUGUUGCAUUCUGACCUUCAAUAUGCUGCCCUUUGAGGGUGUUUGCCAUCUUUUGACUAACUUAGUGGCAUACUGUAACUCAAAUGAUUCUACAUAUGAAAUGGCCGAAGAUGAUGAUUUUAAUGGAUCAGAAUUCCAUGAACUGCUGGAGGAUCCAGAAGUGUAUUGUGAAGCUGCUGAAUUUGAAGAAUAUGGGCUAGAAAAUGAUGCACAAGCUGCAGAAAAUUUGACACACAUUCCGUCAAAAUUCCUUUCUAGUUUUCUUGAAGAUAAUCAGGCUUCAGAUGAUCCGAGGAUAAAACAUGGUGAUGGUGGCUCUCAAAGUGGUGGUCUUAUUCCCUUGCUAAACAAUAAUUUCAGAACUGAUGAUAAUUUAGGAGUUCUUCGAUCAAGGUGGCAAAUAGAAGGGUAUCUGAACAUGCAAGCUGAUUUGCUUGAGAAGGAUGCCAUCUCAUUUCCCUUGUAUUCAUUUUCUGCUACUCUAAGGCAGCUGCAAAAGCUAGCUCCAGAGCUUCAUCGUGCACGAUAUUUGCAGUACUUAAACGCUCUUUAUCACAAUGAUUAUCUUUCUGCUUUAGAUGAGCUUCACUGCUAUUUUGAUUAUAGUGCUGGGAUGGAGGGACUCUUUAGUCGUUCACCCUCUCCAUCGUCUGAAUUCGAAGUUGGGAGAUUUGAGACAGCUUUGUUAUGCUUAGGCACUCUGCAGUGCCAUUUUGGGCAUCCUAAGAAGGCUUUGGAGGCUCUAACUGAAGCAGUACGGAUCGCUCAACAGAAUAAUGAUGAUUCAUGCCUUGCUUACACGUUGGCAGCCAUAUGCAAACUCUUAUCUGAGAUAGGGAUUUCAAACAUGACUGGAAUAAUUGGUUCUCCAUAUUCAUUGGGCACUACUACUGGUCUUGGUACACCAUUGUCCACCCAACAACAGUUACUUGUUCUUUUAAAAAGAUCACUUGAGAGGGCUGAUCAUUUGAAGCUUACAAAUUUGUUAGCCUUCAAUCAUCUUGCCUUGGCAAAAUUUGAUCUCAAGCAUGUGAAAAAGCCUUUGCUAUCCUUUGGUCCGAAAGCUUCUAUGAAGCUUAGAACAUGUCCUACAAGUGUUUGCAGGGAACUAAGGUUAAGUUCACAUGUGCUGAGUGAAUUUGGAGCAGAUGGUCUUCUGCAGCUAAAUGAUACUGGUGCUUUUAGCACUUCAUGGCUUAAAAAUUUAUCAGCUGUUGGCAAUCCAUGGCUCAAAAAGUUACAAAAACCCAGGAGUUUAUCUGUUAAUGAUUAUGAUACAUUUCAGUUUUAUGCUCAGCCCAACCCAAUGCCUGGGUCCGUCUUGCAAUUGGCUGGUGCAUCAUAUUUGCUUAGAGCUACAUCAUGGGAGCACUAUGGCAGUGCUCCGUUAGUUCGGAUGAAUGCAUUGGUUUAUGCCACUUGCUUCGCUGAUGCUGCAAGUUCAUCGGAGUUAUCACUAGCAUAUGUCAAACUAAUCCAACAUUUGAGUGUAUUCAAAGGAUAUACUGAAGCAUUUAAUGCUCUGAAGCUUGCAGAAGAUAAGUUUUCUGUAUCAAGCACACACAUCCGACUGCUUAAGCUGCAGUUGCUUCAUGAACGUGCUCUACAUAGGGGGAAUCUACAAGAAGCUCAACAAGUAUGUGAUCAGUUUGGUGUUCUUGCAUCAUCUGUCACUGGAGUGCAUAUGGAGCUUAAGACUGAGGCUAGCCUUCGACAUGCACGUACGCUACUUGCAGCAAAUCAAUUUAGCCAGGCAGCUGCUGUAGCAAGCAAUCUGUUCUGCACAUGCUACAAGUUCAAUAUGCAGGUUGAGAAUGCCACUGUUCUUCUAUUGCUUGCUGAAAUUCACAAGAAAUCAGGCGAUGCUGUAUUAGGGCUGUCUUAUGUAUUAGCAAGCUUGUCAUUUUGCAAAACAUUUAACUUGGAUCUACUUGAAGCAUCUGCUACUGUGACACUUGCUGAAUUAUGGCUCUCUCUUGGGUCAAGCCAUGCUAAGAAAGCAUCAAGUCUCAUAUAUCAAGCUCUUCCAAUGAUUCUUGGUCAUGGAGGAUUGGAGUUGCGUGCACGAGCCAAUAUUGCAGUAGCAAAAUGCCUUUUAGCUGACCCUAGCUACUUGGUUUCAGAAGACCCUGACGCUGUGCUGGAUCCUCUAAGUCAAGCUUCUGAAGAACUGCAAAUUUUGGAGUAUCAUGAAAUGGCUGCAGAAGCCUUCUACUUGAUGGCUAUAAUAUUCAACAGUCUCGGAAGGUUAGAUGAAAGAGAAAAUUCAGCAGCUUCUUUUAAAAAGCAUGUGAUAGCUCUUGAAAAUCCACAAGAUGAAGACAACUUACCAACACAUGGAGUUUAGAUGGUCAUGAUUCCAAAACUAUUGCCAUUGGAGUGGGUGAUUUCUGGGGAUCCUUUCACAGGCAGCGCCACAUCCCAAAUGCUUGAACUGUGGCUAUCUAUGUGACAGUGUCUCUAUUGACAGUUUUGCACAAUAGUUCUCAUGGUUUCUUCUUGACUAAAAGAAUCAACAAUCAUAUAUAAGCUAUUGCUCUCAGCUGAUUAACCAUUUUAGACAGAUGGACAGAGGGCUGAUUAUAUCAUCAGAUACAGAGAUAAUCCCAAUACAUUCUCCUCUGUUUUAGGAGUUUGAUUGUUCGUGACUGUUUUCAGACGAGGCAAUACACUACCACAUUAUAUGCCCUUCAAACUCGAAGCAUCAUCUCUCACAUGCAAGCCUUUGCUGCUAAAUGGGAGAUACCAAGUUUGCGAGGUUGCUUCUCACGGACCUUGGGUUUGUCACAAAGACUGCAAUUACUAUGCUUUCAUGUCAGCGAGAAGAUAUAUUUUCAUCGACAACAAUUCUGACAAUAGUUUUCCGGCAAUUACAGAUAGCUCCUCUUCUCUGUUAACUGAACUGCAUCUAAUGUUCUGGACAUGAUGAUACCUGAUGGAUGAAUAAAUCUGUUUACAAAUA